CUGAUUACUGUGUUGUGACAGGAAAUGUCGGUUUUUAUACCGCGAAAUAUGUAGGCACUUCUAAGUUCUAUGCGUAUUUGCCGUUUUGUCAUUUUUUGCAUCUUGUUCCGCGGCAGUUUUUUUACAUGAGUUCCCCCUUCUCCAGUGUUGCACGUCUGAACGUGUCUGCCUCUCUUUUGUCUGUCUUAUCUGAUUCUGCGUGCACGUGCAGCAAAAUCGGAUUCGUCGUAUUUCUCAUGUCAGAGACUGCGUACUGUAUGUUCAGUAUGUGACUAAUUUGUAUGUGAGGCUUUGUGAGCAAAGUUGUUUGAACUGUCCUUUCAAUAGUUAUCCGGUUGUUCCGUAACUGAUCCGUACUGAUUGCGACUUGAGAGUUAUUGCAAAAGUAAUUUCCUUGAUUACUCCACAAAUUUGUUAUCACUUCCAAAGUUCCAUCACUUACUGUCCUUGUUGAUAUUGGUCCUUGUCCUUACUGUCCUUGUUGAUAUUGCACUGUUGGCCAUUAUUAUGGACGGUGUGAUGGACGACAAGGAAAUGGAGAAAAUCGAUAUGGACGAUCAACCGCACCAAGCAGUGGAGGAGGACAUGGCUAAUGAAGAUAACCUGCCAGAUUUGGACGCGUUGGUGGCGGUUUACAGUAAACAGGACGAAGAAAAGCAGCGCGCUCCCACAUCGCGAAUGUCCGUCGCAGGGCUGACGCUGGAAGACGUGGCGGCCAUGCGCGGCAAUAGUCACAGUUUGGCUCCUUAUCAUCGCGGCUCUCGCGGAAAUGGACGCGGACGCGGGAAUGGGCGCGUAUCCCCCACCAAGAACUACCACAGACGCCACAAUUUUUCGAUGGAGAACGCUUUUGGCGGGCGUAGCGAACAGGAAAACAGUGUCAGUGGGGCGUACGGGAAGCGCGGUAGAGGACAAAAUGGCGACAAGGGAAAUUAUCUCCGGAUGCCGCACUAUGACGAUCUGCAGGACGCGACUCCGAAUCAGAAACAGGCGAUUGAGUUUCCUUUUGAGAUUUUGCCGUACACGAAGCAAAAGACAACCGUAACAUUCGGCAAACUCAGUGACAAAAUCGUCGAUGAGGACAUCGAAGAAUUGUGCCGUGUCUAUGGUGAUGUCCACAAUUGUCAUAUUAUUCGCGAUCGUAACGGGACACCAACGGGAUACGGCGUGGCCGAUUUUAUUGACCGGGUGGCAGCGGAGAAAGCCGUGCAGGAGUACCAUAGCCGCACUUUGGAUAGCAUUCCGAUGCUGUGUGUGAUUAAUGAAGAGAAAUUCAGCCCCUAUGGGCGCGACCGAGAUCGGGAAGGAAAGCGCGAUAUCCAGUCGCGACUGGGGAAUAAGACUGGCAUUGGAUACACCAACUUCCGAUAACUAACCAUCGGUCUUGCGGCGCUGCAGUGAAAAUCGCUUCGAUUCAAUAACUCUUCGUGGACGAGCAUCGCUGCAUCGGUGUAAAUAAAGUUUUAUCGGAUGAAUUUUUUUUAUAUACUUAACGGUUUCAGCUUUUUUUAAAAUUGAAGAAGCUAUAUUGCAGAUGAAUUAUGAAGGAAGUCUUUUUGUUAAUCUUUUACUGGGUCGGAACUUUGAGAAUAUGAUCUUCUCAGUUUGUCACGCAUCGCACUUGUGGAGCGGGUUGAUUUUCUAAUCCUUCUCACUGUUAUGUACAGGCCUUUGUAUUUUAUCGUUUCCGGCACAGUGGGAAGUUUGUAUCUUGUUGGGCUUUAUUAUGGUAUACGGAUGUGAGAGAUAUUUUGACUUCGUUUUCUGCAUAAAGUAACAUCGUAGCAACUAUGAAUUCGCGAGUAUAUUAUGAUUU